UUUGAAGAGGUCACCAAUAAGAUAAUGGAAACCUCCUCAAGGUGUUCAUCCUUAUCUGAUGCUCAGUACUGCCCACUAGUGAUCCAUUGUGGAGCUUUAUUGAGGAUCACAUAGCUGUUACAAAAGAUUAAUAAAUGUAGAUCAAGGAAAUUUCUCACAGAUAAAGAGCAGUUCAAACAUGUGAACCUGUGCCACACAAGCAAGAUGGCUGUGUGAUAAUAUUAACAAUAAAACACAGUUAUGGAAAAUUUGAAAGUAGGUAGCAUCUUUGCGGUUUUUAAAUUGAGGUCACGACACUUCAGAAGCUAAUGUUAGCAGUUUUUUUUUCAUCAGUCGAAGCGGUUAGUCAAGAAAACAAGAUGCUUUACAGUUACUUUCUGAUUUUUCUCUUUCAGCUUAUAUGUACUGGAGGUUGUCUGGUCUUCCAGUCUUCUAGUAUGACUGUGGAGGUUGAAACAAACGUUACAUUAGUAUGUGAUAUUUCAAAUGCAUUUGGUCAGUGUUCCUCUGUCAGAUGGCUGCUCUACCACCAAGAAAAUGGCCUUAAAAUCUACAUCUUAGGCAUCAGGACCAUUAAUAGAAAGGCAGAGCAGGACACACUAUGUAGACUACAAAUUACCAAAGUCCGUCUUUCAGAUAAUGGCACAUUUUAUUGCUUACUCCUGAAUGAAGGUGUGGAUUUUAUGGGUAAUGGAACAGCGCUGACAGUCCUGGCUCCAGAUAUAACCAGCAAGCAGAAAGUGAACACUUAUGACCACAAGACUAAUUUAGAACAAGUUCAUGAGCAUCAGUGUUUAGUCCCUAUAGCUGUUUUGGGAGGAAUCUCACUUCUGAUCUUCUUAGGAAUUUUAGCAUUGUUUGCCUACCACAGAAGAGCUAUUUUGAUGCAUCGGAGGGACAAUAAUGUAUCACAGAACCAUCAGCAAUCCUUCAGUGAGACCCUGUACGCUACCCUCAUGUUUGUAACCCGGAGACACGAGCGUGCUGCAUAAUCCUGAACCUAAGUCUUUAGUGGUAAACAUCAUUUUGGUUAAAUCUAACAUUUUAAAGGUCCUGCACAUUCUGUAUGACUGCUUUUUUUGUAGCAUAACUUUACCAUCUAUCUUGGCAUGAAACUAAUUUUACUUUGUACAUUUACUCUUUUUGCUAAAUGUCAGUAAUGUCAGCAAUGUAACUGAAACGUGUUCAAUUCUCAGGGCCAGUUCUUGAUGCUUCAUGUACUGAAAUCUUUCUUGCUUUCUAUACUACAGCGAACCUUAUUUUACUCAGUGCUAAAUUCUAAAGCCAUUUAUAACUUGACUGAGUAACUUGAGUAAAAAUCUAUAGAUGUGCUCAUUUACAGCCCUACGUGUGAUUUAAUUCUAAUAGUGUUGUGAUUUGCUGUAACCUGCAAAAAAAAUUCCACAUCCACAGGAAGUAUUUUUAUCCAAUGACGUACACAUAUACAGUACAGACAAAAAGUUUGGACACACCAUCUCAUUCAAAUAAUUUUCUUUAUUUUCAUGACUAUGAAAAUUGUAGAUUCACACUGCAUCAAAACUAUGAAUUAACACAUG